UAUAAAUAAAAAAAUUCAACUCCAUUUUGGAGUAAUGAGUUGGUUUACUCUAUAUUUAGAAUAAUCAUGUCUAUCACUUCAUUUUGGAGUGAAUUUUGGAAUGGGGUUAGAAAUGCUUUUACUGCAAAAUUGAGUUUGAAGUGGGUUUUGGAGUAAGGUUGGAGAUGUUCUUGAUAACUCAAGAAGCUCACUUUUGCACUAGUGUAAACCGGGUUUGACCUAAUAAGAAAACCGGUUUUGUAUUACCUAAACCUUACGUUAGAACACUAAUGUAAAGUAAAAUUUUAAUCAUUUAACUAUAUUAAAAUUAUACUUUGAAGGAUUAAUUUUGGGUAUAACAAAGUAUUAUGACUUGUUAGUUUCAUCUGUUAGAUGUGACUAUAGAGGGUUUUACAUCCAACCUAAUUUCUGAAUAUUCGAGUGUGAAACUGGUGACUUGCAUGUGGUAGAUUGAUCUACCAUAUAUUAUUAAAUAAUUGGGAUCCACAUUUUAAAAACCAUGGGCAUAAUAAUGUCUAUUACUUUAUAAAUCAAAAUAUAAUAGUAAGACUUGAGUGACAGAUUCAGCAUUCAAUAAUCAUCACAAAUUAAUAGUUUUUUUUUAACCUAGUGGUAUCCCAGGUCGAGACCCAGACUGAUCUCCAAAAGGAAAUGCAGUCCACGGAUGGACCAUUUUUUGGGUUUUCAAAUAGGCCGAAAGCAUGGUCCAUAUCCGUGUGGCCACAAAUUAAAAUAAUGUGAGUGGCAACGGAUUUGAACUCAGGUCUUUUAGGAAUCUGGAACAUUGUGUACCAUUCGACCACUGACUCAUGGUUAACAACUUAAUAGUUUGUAACAGCAUUUUCUAAGUCACACUUUGAUUUAGACACCUCUUUUUCUAGCUAGAUCUUAUCCGAGUGAUAAUUGGUGUAAGAUUCUGAUAAUUUUAGCAAAGAUCAUUGAUAACUUUCUUCUAGCGGCUUCUUAUGCAAUUGAUAAUUGGUGUACGAUUCUUAUAAUUAUAUAGCAAGAUCAUUGGCAAUGACGUGGAACCUUUAUUAUAAAGUACUCUUAAGGUAGUACUAAAAUCAUGUUUUCAGAUAUUUAUAUUAAUAAGAACAGUACAAAACGUGAUAGAAAAUGUAAUAGUUGGUUCUAGACGUCUACCUAGACUGUGACAAAAAUACGAUGGGCUAACCAUACAGGAGUAGUUAAUACUUUUUGAUAUGAAUCUACAAAUUAAACAAAACAUUAUUGGAAGAUUUACUUUUGUUGGUAAAUUUUUCAUUACGUCUCACUUUAUCAAAGAAAUCUCUUAGUUGAACGAGUGCUGUUCUAUUUGGUUUCACUAUAAAAAUAUGAUAUUUUUUUCCUCAAAAACAUGCGUCAUCGUAUAUACGAAUUCAGAUUGUGAAGCGAUAUGAUUGCCAAAUUUGCGACUGAAUUUAACCCCAAAAAUGGGGUCUUUGCAAUGUAGACUUUUAUUUUGAAGAGUAUACACGUCAAAAAGAUCAAUCAGAUAAAAAUAAGUCAAAGCAAUCUUGCAAGCGAAAUAAACUCAAAACCAGUGCCCCUAUAUGGCUAUAUACGUGUCGUAUAAUGUGAGAAGCCAUGCAGAGGAAGUUACUUUAUAAAAACUUUAUUUAUUUUUAUGUAAGAAGUAUAUUCGUAAUAAGCAACCCACAUAAAAUGAUCGGAUAAUAGAGGUGCGUAUAUAAUUUACAGAUGAGGAAGAUCUGGAUCUAGUUACCUACCGAUACAAUAGCAAGACGUCUAUGUUUUUUAAAAAAAAAAAAAUAGUCGAAAAAAGUCAUUGCUAAUGUGGCGAAACCGGAGGCAUCACAUACGAUGACUCAUCAGGCUUUAUCUCUGUGGCCAAAUAAUUUGGCCAAUAUAAUAGCCCGACAGCUUAGAGAGUCACAGAUUUGCCAGUAAUAAUCGGACCAAUCAAAUUUAACAAUUCAAUUAUUGUUGAAGCUUUGUUGGUUGAUGCGUGGCAAAUCUUGUUGUAUAAAUAUGCAUGUGUAGUAGGUCAAGGUUAAUAGAGCAGAUCGAUCAAAGAAGAAAGAGGAAAAAAAAAUCAAAACACAAAAAGGAUAGAAAAAAUGUCGAAUAUGAUCAUCAAAAAUCAACUAAGAUCUAUAAGUUUACCUUCAAGAACUCAUCCUAGCACGACAGGGAUUGAGGAAGCUGUUAGAAAGGUUAAAGCGAUUAACACCACGACGGGUUCGUCAGAAUCAAUCUUGAUGACAUUGGCUGGUUUGGAAGAACUCUAUAAUUGUACGGUGGAGUUUCUGAAAAUGGGUUCUACUCAGCGUGUUAUGUCGUCUGAUGAUGGAUCGGAGUUUAUGGAGGAGAUGCUUGAUGGGUCUUUGAGGCUGAUGGAUACAUGCAGCGUCUCUAGAGAUCUCAUGGUGGAGACUCACGAACAUGUUCGUGGCGUUCAGUCAUGCGUUAGACGCAAGAAAGUAGGCGGAGGAGGAGGAACUGAUCAACUCGAUGUAGCUAUCUCUGGAUAUGUCGGAUUUAGAAAGAACAUGAGAAAAGAAGCUAAGAAGCUUCUUGGAUCCUUGAAGAAAAUCGAUGGAGGGUCGUGUCCAUCGCCGGGGGUAGAUAAUGGCCCACAAGAUGAACAUUGCGUGGCGGUUAUCGAUGCCAUGAGACGAGUAGUUUCCGUUAGUGUCUCGGUGUUGAAGUCGUUCUUGGAGUUCUUGUCGGGACGACAAAGUAACAAAAACAUUAAAAGCAAGCUGGCUUCUGUACUAAAGAAAAAGAAGGAUCAGAAUGAGGAGACCAAGAACGAGUUGGAGAGUUUGGAUUCGGUGAUAUGCCGCUCUCGUGAUGACCUGCAAAAUAAGCUUGAGGAGGUCGAGAUGAGUAUUGAUGGAUUCGAGAAGCAUCUAGAAGGCUUAUUUCGAAGGUUGAUAAGAACACGAGCCUCGCUUCUCAACAUAAUUUUUCAUUAAGUUCUAAAUCAUGAUUCAUGCAUGUAAUGUAACUUUCUUGGGCAAUUCGAAGUUAGAGAAUUUGCCUGAGGGAUACAUUAUAUAUAGACGCAUAGAUAAGAUUUUGUACACGAAUUAAACAUAAAAAUGUAGAGAUAGCCAAAUUUGUAAAAAUAGAUACAAUAUUGUAGUU